CCAUUUUACAUUUCUUUUACAAAAUAACUAAUGAAAGAGGAAUGAAAACCGUGUUUACAUACGCUCAUGUAAAAUGGUUUUAUGGCCAAUCAGAGCGCGCGUACUAUUUGAAUUAUUUUAUAAAAGAAUAUGAUGAUAGAUUACUCUCCUAGCAGGAGUUUUCAUGCAUUUUGCGCCAAUUGGUUAGCUCUGAUUUGUGGACUGGAAAGCCUUUAUGACGAAUUGGACCCUUACAUCUUUUACAUGUCAUUAAUUUGAUUUUUGUUAACUAAAAAAGGAAAGCUUCAAUAACGCUGCAAAUUGAAGAAAAUAAGAGGAUCGUCAAACUCUUUUUUUUUCUUUUUUUUUAGUUAUAGCACAUAAAACCGAAUGAAGGAUGUUUCUGAGAGGCUGUGUUGUCCAUUAAAAUACUUUAUUAUUUCUAAAUAAACAGGAAAAAAGUGCGAAAGCAAUGACCAAGAAAGGAAAUUUGUGUCAUAAAAUAGGGACACCAUUUCAUGCCAAAAAAAUUUGUUAUAAAUAUUUGUGUUCAUGCCCAGCCCACGGAAAAAAGGGUUUUAUUAAAUUAGAGAAACGCACGCCCCUAACCCGAUGUAUACCUUCACUUGUCAAAACGCUCCGCUUCCUCUGAUCUGUGGUCUCCACUUCUAAUUUUAAUACAAUUCGAUGGGCUGAUUUACGAUUCGUGCGUUAAAAUCUGACCCUGAAUCUAUAUGGAAAGUCUCAUAUACAGCAUGUUUUAAAAUCCCGUUCUUUGGCGUAGGUAUUUGUUAAUUCUAGAUUUGUGCUUACGUCUUGAGUUUUUUCAAUCGUUACUGAACUCAUUAUAGUCUCGGUCCUUUGAGAUACCCGUGGCGCGUUUGCACGUCAUGAAAAAUUUUUCUGACGUAAGCGCUCCAUUUCUGAACUUUAACUCAAAGAUUUUCAAGACUCCGCUGCCACUCAUUUGAAUACAGAGUAAGUGCAGCGAAUGGUAAAUAGACGUGAGUCGUGCGAAAGUCAGAGUCUCUAUCUCAAGAUUGCUAGGGCGGUUCCAGGAUGUACUGAACGGGGGCUCGGCUAAACGUCUGCUGAAGGGAGACUAUACAAGGGGGUCGGGGGCAUGCUUCCACCGGAACAUUUUGAAAUCUAGAUCCUCGGAAAGGGUGUUCGGCCGAACCACCUGAACCAAUCCUGGAUCCGCCCCAGGAUUGGGAGUUAUUUUAAUAGUACGUUCAGGAAGCUAAGAAUGGAGACUGUAAACUGGAUGUAUCUGUUGGAUCCCGAGGGAAUGCUGAAAAUUUUAGAACUGGCCCUUCUGUCAGCCGCUGUCGCAUGUACUGCUCAGUACCACAAGGAUGCAGAUAUAUCAAACCUGCCUGAAUGGCAAACAAACAGGUUAAACCUGUUCUAUGUAGUGGUUAUCACCGGUCUUGUGACUGCUAUUUUCCUGUUUGUCAGCUUUCUGUUUAACUUGGAUAAGAGAUGUGGAUCACCAAAAGGAUUUACAUUUUUUGUGACCUUGUUCUCACUGACCUGGGCUGUAUUCUGUGCUGUUUCGUCAGGACUGUUCGGUGAAGUGGUGCUCAGUCUUCAGGAAGACAAAUGGGAUACAUCAAAGGAUGAGCGCAUUCAGUGGCGCUACCAACAUGCUCAAGCAGCUGUGGUAAAUAUUGUAGACCAAGGGCGUGGCAAAGGGAAAGUCGGGCUGAGGUGUAUAUCGCUGACCCUCUUCUCUCUGUAUCAAGAAAAAAUUGAUAAUUUAUGACGAGAGAACAUGAACUCAUGGUCUCUUAUUUGAUAAAUAAACGAUCUAGCCCCCAAGAAGCUACUAAUCUAUCCCUUUAAAGGAUAUAAAUAUUGUGGUAUACUUACAAUAUUA